GAGCCCAGGUCCCAGACGCCGCCACACACAGCGCCCCGCAUUCCGGAGGAGGAGCCCCAGCGGCGGCGGCGGCGGCCACGGCCACAGCGGCUGGCGGGCGCCGGAGAGGCCCGGCUCGAAAAGCCUGGGAGGGCCGCCCAGCUACCCCCGGAGGAGGAGCCAGCCGGAGCCCCAGGCGCCACCGUCACCCCAGCCCCGCGGAGCUGCAGUCGCCUUCAUGGCCCACUCACCGGUGGCCGUCCAAGUGCCUGGGAUGCAGAAUAAUAUAGCUGACCCAGAAGAACUGUUCACAAAGUUAGAACGCAUUGGGAAAGGCUCCUUUGGAGAAGUUUUUAAAGGAAUUGAUAAUCGUACGCAGCAAGUGGUUGCUAUAAAAAUCAUAGACCUCGAGGAAGCCGAAGAUGAAAUUGAAGAUAUCCAGCAAGAAAUAACUGUUUUGAGCCAGUGCGACAGUUCAUAUGUAACAAAAUACUAUGGAUCAUAUUUGAAGGGUUCAAAAUUAUGGAUAAUAAUGGAAUACUUGGGUGGCGGCUCAGCACUGGACCUUCUGCGAGCUGGUCCAUUUGAUGAGAUCCAGAUAGCCACCAUGCUGAAGGAAAUUUUGAAAGGUCUGGAUUAUCUGCAUUCAGAAAAGAAAAUUCACCGAGACAUAAAAGCUGCCAACGUCUUGCUCUCAGAACAAGGAGAUGUCAAGCUGGCUGACUUUGGAGUUGCUGGCCAACUGACAGAUACACAAAUUAAAAGAAAUACCUUUGUGGGAACACCAUUCUGGAUGGCUCCUGAAGUUAUCCAGCAGUCAGCUUAUGACUCAAAAGCUGAUAUUUGGUCCUUGGGAAUCACUGCUAUUGAACUAGCCAAGGGGGAGCCCCCCAACUCUGAUAUGCACCCAAUGAGAGUUCUGUUUCUUAUUCCAAAAAACAACCCUCCAACUCUUGUCGGAGAUUUUACUAAGUCCUUUAAGGAGUUUAUUGAUGCUUGCCUGAACAAAGAUCCAUCAUUUCGCCCUACAGCUAAAGAACUUCUGAAACACAAAUUUAUUGUAAAAAAUUCAAAGAAAACUUCUUAUCUGACUGAACUGAUUGAUCGAUUCAAGAGGUGGAAGGCAGAGGGACACAGUGAUGAGGAAUCUGAUUCAGAAGGCUCCGAUUCGGAAUCCACCAGCAGGGAAAAUAAUACUCAUCCCGAAUGGAGCUUUACUACCGUGCGAAAGAAGCCUGACCCAAAGAAACUACAGAAUGGAGCCGAGCAAGACCUUGUGCAAACGCUGAGCUGUUUGUCUAUGAUAAUCACGCCUGCUUUUGCAGAACUUAAACAGCAGGAUGAGAAUAAUGCUAGCAGGAAUCAAGCAAUUGAAGAACUCGAGAAAAGUAUUGCUGUGGCUGAAGCCGCCUGUCCUGGCAUCACUGAUAAAAUGGUGAAGAAAUUAAUUGAAAAAUUUCAAAAGUGUUCAGCAGAUGAAUCCUCCUAAGACACAUAUUAUUGGCUUCUAUUUCAUACGGACCCAGAGAAACUCACCAAAGCUACUUCAAGCUUAACAAUGCUUAAUUCAUGAACUCCAUGUGCCUUUUAGAUCUUUGCAACAUUGAAGAUUUGGAUGAAGCUAUUCAACUAUUUUGUGAUGGUGUUUAUCAUUUUAUAUUUUAAAGAGAUUAUUUUGUAAGGAAUAACUUUUAAUACUAUAGUUUCACCCGUACUCUAGUAAGUGUUGCGAUACAGUUUUGCUUUUAGGUAUCAUUUUUACUUAAGUUACUAGGAUGAAUACCUUUUGUGUUUGGAUCUCUCGUUAAACUGUACACUCAUGAAGCAUACAGGUCUUUCCAAGUCAUCCUAAAUAUUCAAUGUUGGGAACUCAUCAAGUUUCAAAAGCUUUUUAAAAAAACAUAAAUGUAUUCUUAAAAUGACUGUUGGUAGGGAGGUAGAAAUAAGUCAGACCUUCUUAAACAACAAGAUUUGAAGGCUAUUGGAAAUGAAACCUGCAACAUAUUGACUCUUCUACCAAGUUGGUGUGAUAUUCCAGGCAGCUCAGUGCUGGUCACAUUUGAGAGCCCUGGUUGAAGUAUUUAUAGGCAACAUGUAGAACAUUGGUACCCACUGGCAUGGAGUAUUUGCCUUCUCUUUCAGAAGAGGCAAUUAAUUAACCCUUGUUUAAUUAACAUGGUUGGGAACUUAAAGCCAUGCAGUUUACACAAGGGUGGGUUCUGGUUAUACUGGAGGCAUUAAGUCAGGCUUCAUUUUUAAAAUCUUCAACUCAAAGUACAUAUCAUAUGCUUGUAUGGGGGCUUAGAAAAACUGAUCAUCAUGUGAUACCUGAUCAAAAGGUGUGAAUAUAGCUUACACCAGCAUAUUUUUGUUGUGGCAGUAAAAUGUCCUAUAAACUAUUUAUACACUUUUUUCUUCAUAAUUAUCAGCACAUAAGCAUCAUUUGUUCGUUUUUUGAGAGGGUAUUUAAGUGAGCAUUUUCUAGUUCAUAUGAAAAUAACAUAGUACAGGAUGAUUUCUGUCCAUAAAAGGUAAGUUAGACUGUACAGUUAAUUUUCAGUUAUAUUUAUGGUACUGUUAUGUGGGUAAUACUAUUUUUCUUUUAAGCCCAGUAUCUAUAUUAUGCCUGCCUAAGUUCUGAACUGGGGCUAUCUUUCAGUAGUUAUAGAAUUGUUUAUAAUAAUUCAUCUUGAUAGUUAAUGUUUUACUGUUGAGAUCUGCACAAUUUGGUUUUUGCACCAAAGUCAUUUUUUAAAAUCUGAACAAUUGCCAAAUACUAGAAUAUGUUCUUGAAGAAUACCAUUUUCAAAGUGACCAUCACCUCCUCUUUGUGUAAGAAUACAGACACUUGAAUAAGUUGUUGUGUCAUAUGCCAAGAAAAUUCUUUUCAUUGGUGCCUACAUUGUAACAAAUACUUUUUAACACAUUGUAUUUUGAAGUUCAGUUAAAAUUUGCACCUGCAGUAUAACUGAAACUCAGUUGCAGUUUCUAAUCUGUAGAGAGAGGUCUGGAAAUAAUUUUGCAGCUCAUAUCAUGGAUGAAAUGAAUAUUUUUGUAAAAGUAAAAUCAACAAAUUUAUAAAUUUGAAACUUUACAACAGUGUAUCAUAGACAGAAAUUGUAUUGCUUAUUCAUUAUAGUUAUUAGUCCUGUAAACUGUUUUUAGGCAAAGCGUACUAUAGUGU